CUCCCUGCCCUAGGGCCGCAUGGGCAACGGGCGCGCAGUACGCAGGCGUCCCCGACCCAGAGCUUGAUGGGAGUUGUAGUCUUCCACCGCUGCUCCCUUCGCCUCCACCUUCCAGACUUUUCUAUCCCGUCUCUGGGUCCCAGACAGCCAAGUGAGGCCCGAACCAGCACCCCAGAUGGAUUCCUCCUCACUGUUCCUCUCUCUUGAAGGCCUCCAGGGCUGUUAAGAUCGCUGUCCUCUUGAGGAUCUGGUGGGGGGAUUCGGGGGCUCUGCCCUCCUCCCAAGCCCCGCAGGUGAAGUGCAGGCCCAAGGACUGAGGUCGAGUUGGCUGCCCCGCACAUCCCCCCCACCCCCACCCCUACCCUGUCCCUGUCCCACAUGUCUCCGGAGACAGACGUCAGCCACGGAGAUUAAGCAGCAGCGGUUCUAUAUCUUGACCUGUUGGGAUCAUGCAACUGUACCCUUUUGUGCACUUUUCUGUAUGUCCCUUAUACUUUCAUAAAAAGGGUUUAUUAUAAAAGUGAUGAGUACCAGAGGCACGGUCGCGGUCACGACAAGGCUGCCACGGUGGGGACGAAGUAGAGGCCGAGGAGGGCGGGAGUUUCCCCCUGUGUUUGGGAACAGCCCUCCAACAUCCUGGGAACCUUGAGGGCCGCAUCUUAACCGUUGUGGUCCCUGAGCCCAGCCCACACCUGCAGCACAGGAGGCCCAGGAUGGAUGGAGGAAGCCAGAGCGAUGUGUCCACCUCCCAGUCUCCAGUGUGUCACAGGAUUGUGCCUCGUCAGAGAAAGGCAGGACGUUCCGAACAUGGAAAAUGGAUUACCCUGUAUUCACACUCCAGUCUGGGAAGGCGUGUCCCGAUGGCUCGAUGUCAUCUCCACCCUGCCCUGAUAAUGGGCCCAUUGGUAAUGGCUCCGGCCUCCUCCAUCAUAUCCAGUUGGACCCUGUGACGGAGGUGGGAGGGGCCCAAGAAAGGACCCAGGAUAAAAGCAGCAGCGGGCGUGCCAGGGCGAAUGACAAGCUGACCGCGGAGGUGGGAAGUGCACAGCGGACCCUGAACUCUGACUCUGCAGAAGGGAAGGGCGUCCCGCUGAACGCUGAACGGAGCAGAGCUGCGGAGCCGGAGCGGAGCUGGGUGGGGCGCAGGAGGACCCUCCGCUCUUGGGUCCCGCCCCUGCGCGAGCAGAGCGCCGAGCACUAGACUCAGAGCCUCGUGCCCUCGGACAGCGGUUGCUCACUCGGAUGCAGCGGGUCGGUAGCAGUCCCCCCAAGGGGAGCCAGGUGGCGUCCCGGUCUCCCAGCAUAGCCCGCACUGGGCGGAAGAGCCAGGUGGCCACGCUGCCGGUCCAGCGGCUCGAGGACGAUGUGUCAGCUGUGCGGAGCAAUGUCCACGUAGGGAACGGUUUCAAGGUGAAGAUGGAUGCCCAGGGCUUCAACCCGGAGGAGCUGGUGGUGCAAGUGGACGGCCAGUGCCUGACGGUGACGGGCCAGCGGCAAAAGGAGAGCUACGGCUCAGAUGGGAGCGGCUACCGCAUGGAGCAGAAGUUGCACCGCCAAAUGCUACUACCGCCGAACCUGGAUCCCGCCGGCAUGACCUGCUGCUUAACACCCUCGGGCCAGCUGUGUAUCCGAGGCCAGUGCGGGGCGCUGCCUUCCGCUGAAGCCCAAACGGGACACUCCUCGAAACUCAAGAGUCACCGCCCUAAGGGUUCCAACUUAGCCUGACCCAAUAAAACAACCGCCAUAGUGAGCA